AUGAAUUUCACGUGCGCGAACUCGGGUCAUGAUUUUAAGAGUGUAUGUCUCGCGGAAUAUAGUAAUUGCACUGAUUUUGAUUACGAUAGAAGUGUAUUUCGCGAGACAAUCAUUUCCCAAUGGAACCUCGUAUGCGAUAGAGAAUAUUUGAAGAGUUUAACGCAGACGAUCUUCAUGUUUGGCAUUCUUGUGGGUAACAUGGUCUUCGGUCAUCUGUCAGACAGAUUCGGAAGACGAAUGCCCUUUUUGGCGGCGGUAUUCAUACAAUUAGUUUCUGGUGUCGCAACGGCAUUCUCCGUCAAUUGGUAUAUGUUCACCACGCUUCGUUUCUUACUAGCGGUUGCUACGGGCGGGACAAUGGUCAGCAGUUUUGUUCUAAUAAUGGAAAUCAUUGGUGCAAGAUACAGGGAAACAGUCGGCAUCUUAUAUCAGAUACCAUUCAACCUUGGUCACUUAACUUUACCACUUUUUGGUUACUUCCUCCGUGAUUGGAGCACGUUCCAGCUGGCAAUAUCACUACCAUCAGUCUUAUUUUUAAGCUAUUACUUUAUAUUACCUGAAUCACCAAGAUGGUUGUUAACAGCAGGCAAAGCCAAAGAAGCCACCAUUAUAAUGAAAACCGCUGCAAAGAGGAAUGGAUUACCAACAGACAACAUUGAAUCGUCAACACAAAAGAUAGUGGCAGAACUAAGCAGUGCGAAAAAAGAACACGUCUCGUUUUUAGCUCUUUUCCGCACGCCCAAGUUGCGCGCACGCACAAUUGCUAUUUGUUAUAACUGGUUUGUUUGCGGAUUGUGCUUUUUUGGAGUCUCGCAGUACAUUGGACGUGUCUCUGGAAAUAUUUUCUUCAAUGUAGCAAUUUCAGCUGCUAUACAGAUUCCUGGCACUAUCAUUUCGAUAUACGCAAAUAGAGUUUUGGGUCGAAAAGUAACCUUGAUGAGUUCCAAUUGCGUCACGGGACUCAGCUGUUUGCUUAUCAUGUUUGUUCCUGACACAGGCGCAUAUCACUUAACUCUCGGCUGCAUUGGCUUGUGGGGCAUGAGUUUUUCUUUCGCAACCGUCUAUUUGUAUGCCGGAGAACUGUUUCCAACCGUCGUGAGGAACUCAGGUGUCGGAUUAGCAUCUAUGGUGGCAAGGAUAGGUUCCAUGGUAGCACCAUUUGUAGCUACUUUAAGAGAAACUUAUUUUUGGAUACCUCCUUUAGCUUUUGGUAUUGUUCCUAUAAUAGGAGCAGGUCUUUGCAUACUUUUACCAAAUACUCGUGGAAAAAAACUUCCGGACACAUUAGAAGAAGGUGAAGCGUGA